GCGCCCCGCGAGACCCCUGCGUCGUCCCCCGCCCCCACUUACCGGGCCCCUGAGCAGGGGCCGGAGCCGCCGGCGGCGGGGCGGGGGGGGCGCCCCGAUGAGCCCCGAGUGCGAGGAGCCGCCGCCCCCCCGCGCAGGGCGCCAUGUUCUGGAAGUUUGACCUGCACACAAGCUCGCACAUUGACACGCUGCUGGAGCGGGAGGACCUGAGCCUGCCUGAGCUGUUGGAUGAGGAGGACGUGCUGCAGGAGUGCAAGGUUGUGAACCGCAAGCUACUUGACUUCCUGCUGCAGCCACCCCACCUGCAGGCCAUGGUGGCCUGGGUCACCCAGGAGCCACCGGCCAGUGGUGAGGAGCGCCUGCGCUACAAGUACCCGAGUGUGGCGUGCGAGAUCCUGACCUCAGACGUGCCCCAGAUCAAUGAUGCCCUGGGUGCUGAUGAGUCCCUCCUAAACCGGCUCUACGGCUUUUUGCAGAGCAGCGGCAGCCUCAACCCGCUGCUGGCCAGCUUCUUCAGCAAGGUCAUGGGCAUCCUCAUCAACCGCAAGACGGACCAGCUCGUGUCCUUCCUGCGCAAGAAGGACGACUUUGUGGACCUGCUGCUGCAGCACAUUGGCACUUCGGCUAUCAUGGACCUGCUGCUGCGGCUGCUCACCUGCGUGGAGCGGCCCCAGCUGCGGCAGGACGUCGUCAAUUGGCUCAAUGAAGAGAAGAUUGUCCAGCGGCUGAUUGAGCUGAUACACCCCUCUAAAGACGACAAUCAACAUUCCAACGCGUCCCAGUCCCUGUGUGACAUCAUCCGCCUGAGCCGAGAGCAGAUGAUCCAGGUGCAGGACAGCCCAGAGCCUGACCCGCUGCUGAGCACCCUUGAGAAGCAGGAGACAAUUGAACAGCUCCUGAGCAACAUGUUUGAGGGAGAGCAGAGCCAGUCUGUCAUUGUCAACGGGAUCCAGGUGCUGCUGACGUUGCUGGAGCCCAGGAGGCCCAGGUCCGAGUCCAUGACCAUGAACAACUUCUUCUGCAGUGUGGACGGGCAGCUAGAGCUACUGGCCCAGGGCACCCUGGAGAGCCCUGCAUCUAGCAUUGGUGCCCUGCAUGCCCUGCGGCCACGGCUCAGCCACUUCCACCGGCUGCUGCUCGAGCCGCCCAAGCUGGAGCCGCUGCAGACGACGUGGGGCAGCCUGGCCCCUCCACUGGGGAACACACGGCUACAUGUGGUCAAGCUCAUGGCCAGCGCCCUGAGCACCAAUGACAUGGCCCUGACGCAGGAGCUCCUGGCACUGGACGUGCCCAACACCAUGCUGGAUCUCUUCUUCCACUAUGUCUUCAACAACUUCCUGCAUACCCAAGUGGAAAUGUGUGUGAGCGCAAUGCUGAGUGCAGGGCCCCCUCCUGACAGCAGCCCUGAGAUCCCUGUCCCUAACCCUGUCGUCAAACAUCUGCUGCAGCACUGCCGCCUGGUGGAGCGCAUCCUGACAUCCUGGGAGGAGAACGACCGUGUGCAGUCCAGAGGAGGCCCGCGGAAAGGCUACAUGGGCCACCUCACGCGGGUGGCCAACAGUUUGGUGCAGAAUGCGGAGAAGGGGCCCAACGUUGAGCAGCUGGGGCAGCUGCUGAAGGAGCUGCCCGAGGAGCAGCGGGAGCAGUGGGAGGCCUUCGUGGCGGGGCCGCUGAUGGAGACCAACAAGAAGAACACAGUGGAUCUGGUGAGCACCCACCCCCUGCACUCCUCCAGCGAUGACGAGGACGACCGGCUGAAGGAGCUCAGCUUCCCUGAGGAGGCUGUGCUGCAGCAGGCCUUCAUGGAUUUUCAGAUGCAGCGCAUGACGUCAGCCUUCAUCGACCAUUUUGGCUUCAAUGAUGAGGAGUUUGGGGAGCAGGAGGAGAGUGUGAAUGCACCUUUUGACAAGACAGCUAAUAUCACCUUCUCCCUCAAUGCCGAUGACGAGAAUCCCAACUCCAACCUGCUUGAGAUCUGCUACAAGGACCGCAUCCAGCAGUUCGACGAUGACGAGGAGGAGGAGGACGAGGAGGGCCAGGGCUCGGGGGAGUCGGACGGCGAGGACAGUGCCUGGCGGGGCGGCCAGCUGCCCAGGGGGGCCCGCCUUGGCCAGCACCAGAGCAUCCGGAGCGGGGGCAGCACAGACAGUGAGGAAGAUGAUGAUGAGGAAGAGGAGGAGGACGACGAGGAGGAUGCCGAUGGCCACGGCCACAUGGCCAGGGGUGGGGCCGGUGCCCCCUCCUACCCGAGCCCCAGCCCUCAGCCUGUGGCACCACCACCCCAGGGUGAGUGGAGUGAGGCGGGUGGGGUCGGUGGAACCCAGUCCCCUCCAGUGCUCACCCUUCCUCCUCCUCCAGGCCGCGGCUGGAUGGCCACCUUUGACCCAGUGCCUACUGAAGCCCCUACAGGCCCCCGUGUCUCCGGGGGCAAACAGCCCGGGCCCACGGCCCCCCAGGGGCCUCACGAUGGCCCCCAGGGCCCACUUGCCCUGAGCCUGGCUGUCCUUCCAGCCAGCGAAGGCCUGCAGGUUAGGUCUAAGGACCCUGCAGCCCCUUUAGCACCUCAGGAAGCCUCUGCUUAUGGCGGUGUCGCAGAGCCUGUGGCCCCCUGCCAGGCCUUGGUCAGCGUCGGGGACCUCCAGGCCACUCUCAGCAGGAUGCACGGCACCCCCAGCUCCUUAGACAGUGCAACCAGAGACCCCUCUACCUCUGUCCCAGCCACCCGGGCCCAGCAGCCCCCCGAGACCACCGAGGGGGAGAAGAAUCCAGCGCCCUUGGGGCUACCCCAAAGCCAGAGCGCCCAGCCCCUCCAGCCGCCUCUGAUGCCCAAUGGCUCCACUCUGGAUGGGCCUGUGGCCCCGGGCUCCCAGUGA